CAUGGAGAAAGGGAGUGGAGGUGCAGGGUGUGACUCUGACACACACUGUAUCAUAGCGUCCAGGUGAGCCAGUGUUUAUAAAGCAGCCGCUUGGCAGCAACACACAGUUUAAUACGGCAGAUUACAGAGCUGAUAGAACACGGACUGCCAGACUUUUUCAUAGGAGGAACACAACAUGAAAAUACUUUUACUCCUAGCAGCCAUAGCUGCAGUCUCCCAGGCCCAGACUGACUGCUCUCGGGGGGCAUGUUACCCACCCACCGGUGACCUGCUCCUGGGCAGGGCCCAGCAGCUCUACGCCUCCUCCACCUGUGGCCUCGCAGGCUCCGAGGUCUACUGCACCCCAUACGAACAGAGGAGGAUGAAGUGUUGUCCAUGUGACUCCAGGAACCCAAACGGUCAGCUGGCCCACACGGUCCAGGAUGUCCUGUCCACAUCUGGACCAGACAGAUGGUGGCAGUCUGUGAAAGAGGUGAAUCCCGUCACUCUCCAGUUGGACCUGGGCAACCUGUUCCAGCUGGACAACCUGGUGCUCAGCUUCAAGGGUCCGCGUCCCAGUUCCUUUCUCAUAGAGAGGACACAGGAUAAUGGCAGGACGUGGCAGCCCGCUCUCUACUUGGCUACAGACUGUCACAAGGCUUUCCCUGGCAUCCCCACAACUACACCUCUCACCCUGGACCAGACAUACUGCUACACACUGCCCCCUACUGGACCAAACCCAUACCAAGAUCACAAAAUCCAGUUCGAUCCUUUGCGUCAGUAUGUUUAUGUGCCUGCUUCCACAAACCAAAAAAUUGAAGAUGUGUCUGCGAUGACGGGGCUGAGGGUGAACCUGAUGGAGCUCGGCGAUGUGCCGCGUCUGCCAGGCAGAGCUCUCAGUAGGUUCUACGCCCUGAAGGAGAUGAGGGUGAUGGGCAGCUGUUUGUGCCACGGACAUGCCAACCGAUGCCUUCCAGAGGCCGACAACAACCUGCUGACCAACAGCAUACAGGUGAAUCCUCAGUGUGACUGCCAGCAUAACACAGCCGGUGUCAACUGUGAGCGUUGUGCUGAUCUCUACAACGACCUGCCCUGGAGACCCGCAGAGGAGGGCAACACUCAUACCUGCAAACGCUGUGAGUGUAACAACCACGCCCAGCGCUGUCAGUUUGACCAGGCGGUGUUUGAGGCCAGUGGGCGGAGGAGCGGAGGUGUGUGUGAGGGUUGCCUGCACCACACCACAGGGCCAAAGUGUGACCAGUGCGCCCCGGGCUACCAGCCAAACCCUCGUAGCCGAAUGGACCGCCCCGAUGCCUGCAUACGCUGUAUCUGCAGUGCUGAGGGGACAGUAAACGGGGGCCGGUGUGACGACAGCACCGGCACGUGUCAGUGUAAAGUGAAUGUGGAAGGCCCCCGCUGUGAGCGCUGUAAGAGAGGCUACUACGACCUGAGCGCCUCCAACCCUCUGGGCUGCUCCAAGUGUUCCUGUUCCCCAGACGGGUCCCUGUCAGAUGUCUGUGACGCGAUGAGCGGCCAGUGUCCCUGUCGGCCCCACUUCCACGGCCGGACCUGUGAAGUGUGUUCCAAAGGCUACUGGAAACCAGCGCUGACAUCAUUCUGCAAACCCUGCGGCUGUGACCCCACCAGGUCAUACAGUGAUACUUGUGACCAGGUGACAGGUCAGUGUCAGUGCAGACCAGGCUUUGGAGGCCCAACAUGUAGCGAGUGCCCAGACAACACAUACGGAGACCCUCUCACAGGCUGUCGAUCGUGUCGCUGUGAUGCUGAAGGAACCCUUCCAGGCGGUUGCGACAAGCAGACAGGAGCCUGUUUGUGUCGGCCCGGCGUCAGAGGAAACCGCUGUGACUCCUGCAGCCGAGGACACUGUGACUCCUUCCCUGGCUGCGAGACAUGUCCGUCCUGCUUCUUCACCCUGGACGCCCAGAGACAGAACCUCAGUGCAGGUCUGGAGAGACUCUCCCCCAGAUUCCCUUCCCGUCCUGGAGGGGCUGUUGAUCCUGGAAACUUCGGACCUCGCAUCCUCAUCCUGGAGAACAGCCUGAACCUUAUCCAGUACUCCAUCUCCCUUCCCCCCAGUAUUACCACACAGGUCGAUAAUGCUCUGCUCCAACUGGACAAGCUCAGGAACCGGGUGGACAGGGUUAACAGUGACCUUUCACCCCUGACAACAACAACUGGUCUGGACUCGGAGCUGGACAGACUGCAGGCUCUGCUGGACAGCCUCACUCUGGUGUACAAAGCCAAGAAAGAUGCAAAGGACAACUCCGGCAAUCCGAACAACACAGGAGCAUUUUCUGCCAUCAAGACCGCCUACGAUGAGUCUACAGAUGCAGCUAAGAAAGUAAAUGCCAGCGGAGACGUGGUGAAGGAGUCAGCUGAUGCCAGAGGAGAGACUUUGGAUCUUCAAAACCGAGUCCAGCCAGCCAACACCAGAGAUCUGGACAAACUGAACCAGAGCAUGGCCUCCCGACCCGACCUCACUCCUGUUGCCAAACAGGUAUGUGGCAGUGUUCGCUCAGAGCCCUGCACCCCUCUCCAGUGUGAGGGUGGAGAGUUGUGUCCCCCGGACGGAACCCCACCUUGUGCAAAGGGUAAGAAAUGCGUGGGCGCCCUGCCUCUGAGCAAGAGGGCAGACACUGAUGCUAAGGAUGUGAAAGAGCGACUAGACAAGCUGACCGGGAAGAUCACAGAGGCUGCAGAGAAGCUCCAGGAAACACAGGAUACAACCAAUCAGGUGAGACAGUCUGCAGAGAAGCUAUCCAGUAAGAUGAAGCAGGCCCAAGACGAGCUAGAAGACGACUUGAGAGAGACGCGUGACGUUGUGCAAGAGCUCAAAGAUUUCCUGUCAGACCCGUCCUCCAACCUGACCCACAUCCAGGAGGUGAGCGACUGGAUCCUGAAAGCCAAACUGCCUCUCAGCCUGGCCGCUCUGAAGAGGAAGCUGGAGGAGCUGAAGAAUUUGGCGGCCAAUCUCCCAGACAGCACGGCCGUGUUGAAUCAGGCCGAGCCACAGCUGGACAAAGCCAGGAAACUGCUGCAGGAAGCGCAGGACGCCAGGGAUACGGCCCUGGGGGUAAAGGCAGACGUGGACGGGUUGCUGGCAGGCUUCGUCUCGGUGGAGGGCUCCCUCUCUGAACUGGAGGACAAACUGCAGAACAGCAUGGAUCUCAUAGACAACGUGAACAACAGCCUGACUAAGGCCAAAGAGCAGCUGAUCCCAGCGGAGAAGGCUCUGGAUGACACAUCCGCACUCAUAAAGCCAAUGAACCCCCUACUGGACGAGCUCAAAGAGCUGCUGCAGAACGGACGCCAGCAGGCCCAGGAUGCUCAGGACAACGCAGUCAAAGCUGAGGAUGAAGCAGCUGCUGCCAAUAAGGACUUGUUGUCUCUGGAGAAGCAGCUGGAGCUUCUUAAAGAGAAGGCUGCAACCAGUGAAGGGGCGGGGCCGCUGGGGGAUCGACUGGUGAAGCUGCAGCAGGAUGCCGGAGCGCUGGCCAACACCACUGACAGCAUGAUGAAGGCUCUGGAAGGUAAAGCAGAUUCCCUCAACGGGCUGCAGGACGAGAUCUUAGCGAAGUCAAAACAGCUUGAAGGACUCGAUGCUAAGCUUAAAGACAUUUUGGGAAAACUUCAAAACAAAGCCCAGGACCUCAGCACCUGCCAGGGCUGAAAGCCCCCACGCCAGCAGCCUUCCACACCAUUCACACCUUCUACUCACUGUCACUUUACUAAAGGGGAAGUACUCCCUAACUCUGGAGUAGGGCUGAACUGGGAUUUUUCUGCCAGAUAUUGAGAUUACGAUUCAUUUUGCGAAUUAUUAAUUUUUUUAAAGUAUAGCUAAUGUUCAAUAUUAACAGAUAAAACAUGCUAUAAAGCAUUAUAACGUGAAACACCAUCAAAACUGCUCUAUAUUCUUAAGGAUGAGAACAUGGAUAUAAACUGCCAGCAAUAAGUGUUUUUCUUCUAAUAAGCAUGGAACAUUGAACAGUCAAACACAGAACAGUUAUCACAAAAGCUAAAGUUAUAAUAAUAAUGAUGAAACAAUUCCAAUAAAAAAAAUUUUACUUUUCUGUAAACCCAAAUUUCUGAUAUGCUUCAGUUGUAUUACAGCAUUUAAAUGUUAAAUGUUACACCAAACAUUCAACUAAAUAUUCUCAUUGGAUUCAUGGCGGUCUUCAUGAUUAGCAAAUGGCAUUCUUUCAAAUCGCGAUUUCGAUUUGAAAACAAUUAUCAGCCCUACUCUGGAGCGCUGCUGUAACUCUUCUCUAUAACAUUGCACCUCUCUUCUGGCAGUUGUCAAAUAAUUGUGGGAAAUGUAGGAAGUCAUUAUCUAGGGUUAAAUGAGGUAGAAGAGGGACGUCAAUGACUACUCUUAGUAACACUAACCAAUCAUUAAUAAAUGGUAAAUUGACAGUUAAUUAAACUUAAUAGUUAUUUUACUUUUAACAAUGAAAUGAUGCUUUGUAAUGUUUACUUAUGUUAGUAAUGUUUUAAAUGUUAUUUCAUCAUUAGUUUAGUUUAAUAUAAAAUAAUCUGUUCAUAAAUUUAGGCUAUGAUAAAUAACUUAGUCAAUGGUUAAUGAUUGUUUUGUAAACCAUCUAUAAACAUUUGUAUUUGUACUAUUAUAAAGUUACAACUAAUGCUUAUAAUAAUUAUUUAAUGAUUAAUAAGUGGUUUAUAAAGCAUCAAGUAACAAUAAUUUGGCCCCAUGAAAUCUCUGUUGGUGAUCUAUAAAAGAGAUGAAUUUUUAAUUAUUUGUGCACUAAAAAUAUCUAUCUAAAAAUGGGUAUAGAUGCUUUACAGAGUAUUUAUUAACUAUUAACUUGCAACUUUAUAAUAACCAUCCAAAUGAUGUUUGACAGUUUACAAACAAUUUCUUAAAGGUUUACAGAUCAUUUGGUGAUCUUUAACAAAUUAUAACAUAAAAUAUGAUAGUGUGCAACAAAACUGUUCAAAUAACAAAUUAUAGCAUUAUUAAUAAUUAGUAAACAUGAAUAACAGUAAAAUAACUAUGAACUAAAGUUUAACUAUCAAUUUUCCAUUAAUAAGUAUAUAUAUAUAUUGAAUAUUAAAGACUAGUGAAUAACAGUGUCAUUGUAGUGGGGGGUUACUUUAAUGGUUCCAUUUACAUCCACAUGUGCAAAUACCUUUUGAAAGUAUCAAUAUUAUCACAGUAUAUAAAUACAUUUCAAUAUUUGGGCAGAAACAUUUUGAUAUGAGUUCGUCAAUAUCAUGUUCAUCAUUUAGCAUUGAAUCUAGAAAAAAAAGCACAGAUUGUGACUUCUAGCAAGGAGCCACACAAAGCUUUAACACAAAGCUUUAUUUUUCAGCAGCAAUACCUUCCACUGUGAACAUACGACUGUGCUGCAGAACUUUAAAAAGGGUGAAUGUUACAUUAUUUAUUUUCUGUUUUGCAUCUUUUGUUUGUGCAGAAUCCACAAUAUUUAAAUAAAAAAGUGUUAA